UGGCAGGAAAACAAAGCAAAGAAACCUCGGGAAAAAAAGGAAAAGAAAAUGUCAAAGUUUUCUCUAUUUCUCAUCUACCUCAAUUUCCUCUUCGCCAUUUCUUCAUCUUCCACUCUCAUACCUUUAGGCUCAACUCUUCAAGCUUCAAAUAGAAACCAAUCAUGGUCGUCACCCAAUACCAGUUUCUCACUUUCUUUCAUUCCUGUUACACCUUCCUCUUUUGUGGCUGCCAUCACUUACAAUGCUGGAGAUGUUAUUGUAUGGUCAGCUAGUGAUGGCAGCAAUGGCACUGGUGAUGGAACUUCUCUUGUUGUCGACUCUGGUGGGACUUUAAAUUUGCUUUCCAAUGGAGCCCUCCGUUUAACUAAUGGCUCCGGUGCCAUUGUUUGGGACUCUGCUACUGCUAACAGAGGUGUUUCACAUGCGUCUCUUGAUGAUUUGGGCAACUUUCAGCUCCUCAAUAAUGGAAGUGUUCCAAUAUGGUCCUCGUUCCACAACCCGACUAAUACCUUGGUUCCUUCACAGAAUUUCACCGUUGGUAUGGUUUUACGCUCUGGGUCUUACUCCUUGAGUCUUGAUAGAUCAGCUAAUCUUACUUUGAACUGGAAUGACACAAUUGAAUACUGGAGUUUAGGGUUCAACUCAUCUAUCAAUGGGAAUUUGACAUCACCUAGGUUUAUGUUGCAGUCUAAUGGGAUUUUGGUAGGUUUAGAUCCUUCGUUUGCUAGGGGCAUGAUUAGCAUGGCUUUUACUACUGACUAUGGUGAAAGCAACGAUGUGUUUAGGUUUUUAAGGAUGGAUAAUGAUGGGAAUUUGAGGAUUUACAGCAGUAGUGGGAACAAUGGGAGUGGGAAUAUAACCCAGACAUGGGCAGCUGUAACUGAUCAGUGUCAGGUUUACGGAUUCUGCGGCAACAUGGGAAUUUGUAGUUACAAGGAUUCGAAACCGGUUUGUGGAUGUCCAUCUCAGAACUUUGAGCCUGUUAAUGAACAUGACGGCAGAAAAGGAUGCAAAAGGAAAGUGGAGAUUGAGGAUUGUCCUGGGGAUGUUACCAUGUUGCAAUUAGAACAUACCAUGUUCCUAACUUAUCCUCCUGAGCUUUCCGAUCAGUUGGUCACUCUUGCAAUUGUAGCUUGUAGAACCAAUUGUCUUGCUAGUAGUACUUGCACUGCUUCUACUUUAGUAGCUGAUGGAAGUGGAUUUUGUUACCUGAAAACGCCUGAUUUCGUUAGCGGCUAUCAGGGCGCGGUUCUUCCAAGCACCUCUUUCAUAAAAGUUUGUGGACAUGCUAUUCCAAAUCCAUCACCUUAUCAGGAAGCGUCCCCUAAGGAUAAUGAUUCCUUGCAUACUAUGGUCAUUGUCUCUGUGGUUAUGGCCAGCCUUUUGGCUUUGGUUGUAGUAGGGAUAGGUUUUUGGUGCUUGUUUUACAGCAAUAGCAAUAAACCGGGGCGUAUGUCAGUUCAAUACGAACUUCUUGAUUAUGCAUCUGGUGCACCAGUGAAGUUCUUAUACAAGGAGCUGCAACAGUCUACAAAAGGCUUUUCAGAGAGGCUUGGAGAAGGUGGUUUUGGGGCUGUUUACAAAGGAACACUGGCUAAUAGAAUGGUGGUUGCAGUGAAGCAACUCGAGGGAAUUGAGCAAGGUGAGAGGCAAUUCAGGAUGGAAGUUGCAACUAUUAGUAGUACACACCAUUUGAAUUUGGUGAGAUUGGUGGGGUUUUGCUGUGAAGGGCGUCACAGGCUUCUAGUGUAUGAAUUCUUGAAAAAUGGUUCACUUGACAAGUUCCUUUUUACGUCGAAAGACCAAUCCGGAAAAUCAUUGAAAUGGGAAAAUCGAUUCAACAUUGCUCUUGGAACGGGUAGGGGAAUCACCUACCUUCAUGAGGAAUGUCGAGACUGCAUAAUUCAUUGCGAUAUAAAACCGGAAAACAUUCUGUUGGAUGAAGCUUACACUGCCAAAGUGUCGGAUUUUGGCCUUGCAAGGCUUAUGAAUCCAAAGGAUCAUAGACACUUGUCAUUGGCAAGCAUUAGAGGGACUAGAGGAUACUUGGCACCAGAGUGGCUUGCACAUCAUCCAAUAACCUCAAAGUGUGAUGUUUAUAGCUAUGGGAUGGUUUUAUUAGAAAUAGUGAGUGGAAGAAGGAACUUCGAGGUCUCACCGGAAACAGACGGUAAAAAGUUCUCCCUCUGGGCUUAUUCGGAGUUCGAAAAGGGUCACAUUGAGGCCAUUGUUGAUAAAAGAAUAAAAGAUGUUGAUAGUGAGGAAGUUGAAAGGGCAAUUAUGGUGAGCUUUUGGUGCAUACAGGAACAACCAUCCCGAAGGCCAAUGAUGGGAAAAGUGGUGCAGAUGUUAGAAGGGGUCAUCGAUAUUGGCAGGCCACCAGCUCCAAAACCGGCUGCAGAAGGCUCCAGCAGGGGAACAACCAUAACUGUAAACAGCAAUGUGAGUGGUCUGUCAACAUAUGCAGCAUCCACCCCUGCUCCCUCUUCAUCAUCUUCAUUCAUGAACAUAGGAGCUUCGCCUCCAACACCAGAGAGGGAAAUGGGGAAGGAAUCUUCUUCCUUACUAGGCUUAAAGCCAAGUGAAAUCGAUCCCGACUCGUGAUUUGCGCACAAAACAACAGCUCAUCGAUGUGCAGCUCGUAUUCUGGACUCGGUUCCUGAAGAGUUUUCUUCUAGGCGUUGAAACAUGGCACAUCCCUUCGAAUUUUCUUCUUCUUGUUUUUUUUUUUUUUAAAUAUGCCUCCUUUAAAAUGGUACAUCGUACCUUAAGCUCAGUUUAUUCGGCAUCCAUUUCUUUUUUAAAUUACUCAAUCAGAUUGGUUGGAUUAAUUUAAAUAAAGAGAUUAAAUCAAUUAAA